UCUCAGCUUUGGUUGAUGCUACGGCAGGCCCCGGGGGAGAUGAAGCAGGACGGAUCAAAGAAUCUCUCCCACGACACGAAAUUGGAUGGCAUCUGGAAGUCGAUAUGGAUAAGAUCCUUGAAGCCAUCUUGAAUUCUUCAUAUCCUGACCACAUGAAGCAGGGCUUGGUGCGGCGGGUCAUCGACGCUUCAAAGCAGCCCAUGGACAGCGAGCAGUGUUGGUCGAUGCUGGAGCUGUCCACCAAAAUUUUCCUCGUCGGAGACACCAAGUUCAAGAGGUCGGUAGGAAAAGAGCUCUUGGAAGUUUGCGGCCACUACCACCAAGAGGCGUUUGAGGAGUUCUUCAAUGUCCAUUUCCUCUUAAGUCUCCUCCAAGAGGGUUACGGCUCCCUCGGGAAAAGGAGCCUGUACGUGCUGGACUAUAUCCAACUUGGGCUGCCCUUUGUUUUGGACAGGCCGUCAGCCAAUGACAUUUUCAGCCUCCUGAGGGUUGAGGUUCUCCGGAAAGUCUGCGAGAGGCCGGGGCUGAAACAGUGUGUGAAAAUCAGCAAGCUCUUGACCCAGUACCCCCAAUGUAUCCCCACUGGCAAACGCCAAGCCCUCUUCUGCCAACAGCUCAUCCGGUGCAUUGGGCAGUUCCGCACUGUCUCGGGAAGAGAAGAGGCCAUUGUGGAUUUUCUAGACCACGUAAUCAAAGUCAGCAGCUUGCUGCAGAAAAUCUGGAAGGCUCAGAUGUCCUCCAUUCUCCCGUCCUUGAAAGAACUCUUCACUAUAAUUUCUUCUGUGGAGGAGCAGGAGCCGCCCUCCAUUGCCUUAGCCAGCGUGGUUCAGCACGUUCCUCUGGAACUCAUGGACGGAAUCUUACGAAACCUCACCAAUGACGACAGCAUAUCGAAUGUACAGAUGAUGACGGCGAUUGACAGGAUGAUUGAAUGGGUCUCUUGGCCGCUGGGGAAGAACAUAGACAAAUGGAUCAUAGCCUUGUUGAAGAGCCUGGCUGCUGUGAAGAAGUUCAGCAUCUUGAUCGAAGUCACCCUUUCCAAAAUUGAGAAGGUCUUUUCCAAGCUGCUGUAUCCGAUUCUGCGAGAGGGAGCGCUCGUGAUCCUGCGUUACAUGCUGCUGAGCUUCCAGCACUCCCAUGAGGCCUUUCACUUGCUCCUCCCGCACAUUCCUCGUGUGGUGUCCGCCUUAAUCCGGGAAGACUCCAACUCAGCCACCAGCUGCUUGGAACAGCUGGCCGAACUGAUCCACUGCAUGUUCUUCCGCUUCUCUGGAUUCCCGGACCUCUAUGAGCCUGUUGUGGAAGUCAUAAAGGCGCUUCCCAUUCCAAACGAAGACCGCAUUAAGCACCUGCUCGGCCAGAACGCUUGGACCUCACAGAAGAAUGAACUGGCCAGUUUUUAUCCCCGCCUGGCUUCCAAAUCGGAAACAGGGAAGAUCGGGUUGAUUAACCUGGGCAACACCUGCUACAUGAACAGCAUCAUUCAAGCUCUUUUCAUGGCCUCCGACUUCAGGCGCUCGGUGCUGAGUUUGGCAGAGAACAACUCCCAGCCCUUGAUGGCGAAACUCCAGUGGCUCUUUGCCUUCCUGGAGCACAGUCAGCGGCCUGCCGUCUCCCCUGAAAACUUCCUCUUGGCUUCAUGGCCUCCCUGGUUUGCUCGUGGGGCGCAGCAAGACUGCUCCGAGUACCUCAAGUACCUCCUUGAUCGGUUACAUGAAGAAGAGAGAACAGGAAGAAGAAUUUACCAGAAGCUCAAAGAGUCAGCCUGGAUAUCUCAGGCCGACCAACGGCGCUCCACGAACAAGACUCUGGUGGAAAAAAUGUUUGGUGGCAAAAUCACGACAAAAAUCCGUUGUCUGAAGUGCCUAAAAGUCUCUUCAAGAGAGGAAGCCUUCACAGAUCUCUCUCUGGCUUUCCCGCCAGCAGAUAAGCACGUGCCUAUACCGAAUGGGACCUCGAUUUUACCGGUAGAAGAGAUGGGCCCACAGUCUGUCCCGCCUAGUGCCGAAACUCCCACGUGGGUGAUGGACUUGCCAAGGAGAUCGGGGAAGCAUCACGCAUCUGGUGAAAAUCCCUCCAAAAUGUUGCCGGUUGAGACCCUGAGACCAGAAGGGCAAGAGACAUCUCUCCCUUUCAGGUCCGAGAGGGACACUGUUGGCGUGAAGUCUGACGAUGACUCUGUGCUGUCGUCAUGGAAGCAAGGGUGCGGCACGAGGGCCUCCAGAUCCGUCCCUGACUUGAUAAAUUAUUUCUUAUCGCCUGAGACACUGACAGCAGAGAACCGAUAUCACUGUGAGAACUGUGCUUCCCUUCAGGACGCGGAGAAGCUGGCCGAGCUUACGGAAGGGCCUCACUACCUCAUCCUCACCCUGCUGAGGUUCUCCUUCGACCUGAGAGCCAUGAGGAGAAAGAAGAUCCUCGACAACGUCUCAGUCCCGUUGGUGUUGAAGCUACCGGUCCUGACGUCCACCCAAGAGCUGAGUGACCCCGGCCCGGCGAGGAGUGCUGGGCCCGCCACGUCAUGUGACGGCUUUGCGUCUGUAGUGUAUGACCUCUGCAGCGUGGUGGUACAUUCCGGAGUCUCCUCAGAAAGCGGCCAUUACUAUUGUUACGCCAGGGAGUGUGAAGAUGCCCCUGCGGGAAGCGGCCCAAAGAACGCCUCAUGGAAGGCCGCCACAGAAAACCCGCUGGACGUUGCUAUCCAAUGGUACCUUUUCAAUGACACCAGGGUAUCAUUUUCGUCUUUCGAGUCAGUGAGCAACGUGACUUCCUUCUUCCCAAAGGACACGGCCUAUCUGCUGUUCUAUCGACAGAGGGUGACCAAGCCAAAAAACACGGGGCAGGAGGCUGCCGCUGAGGCUGGUUGGGUAAAUGGAGACUUGUCCUCACCCAAUAAAGACCUGAUGGAAGCCAUUGCUAAGGACAACAUCCUGUAUUUGCAGGUAACAUUUAUUGGCUAUACCAGGGGACCCCAACGUAGCACCACGGCACCUUCCCAACACCUUUCCUGGUGCUUUUAG